GUAAAACUGUAGUAGAAGAAGAAAUCCGGAAGUAAUAAGCUCAUCACACAAAAUAUGCCAGAAUGAGUACUCAUUUGAAAGAUGUCCUCAUCAAACCUGACGCUCCCAGCUCCCUGCAGCUGGACAAACAUGCGGAUUACAUCGCAGCCUACGGCGCCAAGAAGGACGACUAUGAGUACACGCUGUCGGAGUACCUGAGGAUGAGCGGGAUCUACUGGGGUUUGACGGUGAUGGAUCUGAUGAGCCAGCUGCACCGAAUGAGCCGACACGAGAUCAUAGAGUUCAUCAAAGCAUGCCAGCACGACUGUGGAGGCGUCAGCGCCAGCAUCGGACACGACCCACACCUGCUCUACACCCUCAGUGCUGUCCAGAUCUUGUGCUUGUAUGACAGCGUGGACGCGAUUGACGUGGACAAGGUGGUUGAAUACGUCAAAGGACUUCAGCAGGAGGACGGCUCUUUUGCUGGAGACAAAUGGGGGGAAAUUGAUACACGGUUUUCUUUCUGUGCUGUUGCUACGCUGGCUUUACUGGGGAAGAUGGACUCGAUAAAUGUGGACAAAGCUGUGGAGUUCGUCUUGUCCUGCAUGAACUUUGACGGAGGUUUUGGCUGCAGACCUGAUUCAGAGUCUCACGCUGGUCAGAUUUACUGCUGCGCCGGCUUCCUGUCGCUCACCGGCCAGCUGCACCGGCUGAACGCCGACCUGCUGGGCUGGUGGCUCUGUGAGAGGCAGCUGCCCUCCGGAGGCCUCAACGGACGACCCGAAAAGCUUCCAGAUGUGUGCUACUCGUGGUGGGUCCUGGCAUCGCUGAAGAUCAUCGGCAGGAUCCACUGGAUUGACAAAGCCAAGCUGCGGAGGUUCAUUCUGGCCUGUCAGGACGAGGAGACGGGAGGCUUCGCUGAUAGACCAGGAGACAUGGUGGAUCCGUUCCACACCCUGUUUGGAAUCGCAGGUUUGUCUCUCCUCGGGGACGAGCAGAUUAAACCAGUGAAUCCGGUUCUGUGCAUGCCGGAGGACGUUCUGCAGAGGAUCGGCCUGCAGCCCGACCUCCUAAGUUAGCCUGACCCGUAAACGUCUGUCAUCCUGGAAGAUGGAAGCAGAAAGAGGACCACAACACGCCUCUGAGCUUAACGCCUUUCUGGAGGAUGAAUGGAGCCUCAGAUUUUCUGUCUUAAUCCGGUGAAUCGUGUGUUUGGAGGAGUUUU